CAAAAUGGCUGCCGCGAGAAGAACGCCGUGAUGUUAUGCUAUCAGAACUUAAUUGUAGUUUCUCUUAAAGAAGUAUUGAAGUAUUUCUUAUCAAGAUGAGUGCAACCUACGCAAGAAAGAUGGCUCUAUUAAGAGCAAGGAUAUUUGGCGAGUUGACCCGCCAAGUAACCCCAAAAUCGUACAAAAUUGUAGAGCAUUUUGCUAAACAACCCUUGGGAAGCGAGAUAAAUUCUUACUACCCGCCUUUGAAGAAGUUCCAGACUCUGCUUUUUAGAAUGAGGCAUUUUGGAUUGUACUAUGAUGACCAUUUGAAUUUCCAAGAAGAGAUGGCAGCAAGGCGAAAAGCGAGGGGCAAAGGACCUCCAAAGAAAGGUGAAGGCAAAAGGGCAAAAAAGAAGAAAUAAAGAAUGCCUCAAGAUUCUCUUAGCUGUGGACUGUGUUCGGUAACCAAAGCAAGAUAAUUAUGUCACAAGAGUUGUUCCUGCUCAGUUGUGUUAUUUUCCAAACUGUAUUUAAUAGAUAAAAAUUAAACAUUAAUUCUUUUUUCUUCUCA